AUGUCUUUGCGGAUUGUAUUCCUUCUCUCAGCGAUCUCUUGCCUUUCCUUAGCGGGUCGUUGUAAAUGGCGAUAUCGUGAAAGCAGAGUAAAUGAACAAGUGAUAAGACAACCGCGAGUGUCGCGAAAUUGCCGUGGACGAGUAUCACUAGCAGGUGAAGAAUACUGGUCAUCUGUUGGUUACGAUGGUAGAUUGAGGGAAGGACGCACCACAGGCGACUUUCUCACAGUGCCUCAUACUGGUGGCGGACAAGUACGAGAUGGUUGGGUGGCUUAUUGGUAUACUCCAUAA